AUGUGCCUUGUGUACGAAGCGAUGAGAGAGCCCCUUUGGAUUUUCCAGAGGCGUUUCAUUGAUCGCAAGCUUCCUUUGCCCAUUGCGAAGGCCUACAUCUACUUCCUCCUUGUUGGCCUUGAUUACCUCCACUCAGAGUGCAAAGUUGUCCACGGUGAUCUCAUCUACCUCUCAGAUCUUAAGCUAGGGAAUAUCCUCAUGAGCUUCGAAAACGAAAACAUUCUCACCGACUUUAUCAAACGACAAGAGCCGAUGCAAUGUAAGAUUGUUGGCGAAAGUGGUCGAACUAUCUACCGCUGCCAUAAUGACUUCGGUGUACUUGAUGGAAGAGAAAUUAAGAAACUGAUUCCGAAAAUAGCCGACUUCGGACUCGCAAUAAGACUGGAUAAGCCGUCUACCCAAAACGGAAUGGUAGGAGAGCAACUGGGUACUUAUCCUAUCCAACCAGACUAUUACUGUGCUCCAGAGGUAAUCCUUGGCUGUGGUUGGGAUUUUAAGGCAGAUAUCUGGAACUUUGGCGUGUUGGUGUGGAAUAUCCUUGGGAGCAAGGAGUUGUUCCAGCAGGUACUUGAUACAAAUGGCCAAUACGAUGCAAAAUCACACCUCGCGGAAAUGAUUGCCCUGUUGGGGCCCCCACCGGAAGCACUACUCGCGAGAUCAAAGGCCAUGUCAGAGCUCAGCUGGCCCCAGCCUGUCACGAACGACACUGGUGAACUCUGUAAUAAUGCUCAGGAAUUCUUCAACGGCCCUUUCUUUGACGCAGAAGAUCAAUUCCGCUAUACUACAUUGAUCCCGUCCAGAAGUUUAGAGCACACAACCCCGUUCCUCGAAGAGAAGGAUCGGGCGGCAUUUCUGUCUUUUGUUCAUAAUAUGCUGACUUGGCUCCCGGAGGAGAGGAAGACAGCUCGGGAACUGAUGGAUCAUCCGUUUCUCAGACUGAGGGGUUGA